AUGAGUAGACGAAUAUCAAUCACAAGAGAUAUCGCAAACAUAGGAUACACUUCAUAUCAACCUGUUCCUGCUUCAAGUGAAAGUACAAGUGCAAGUUCAGAAGCUACUUCAUCACCUUAUAUUCCAACACCAUCAUCUUCAAGUGAAUUACCUUUACCUGAAACAUCAACGUCAACAUCGAACAGCAACAGAAAUAGAUCCGAGUAUCAACAUCAACAUCAACGUACUUUUAGUCAAUCUCAACGAUAUCAACAUCAACAUCAACAUCAACAGCAAAGAAUAUCUAAUGGAUCUGAACCAAGAUCAGGCCCAAGAUCAGGAUCAGGAUCAGGAUCAGGAUUAGGAUUAGGGACAUUCCUUUCUUCCUAUUAUUAUCCUGAAUCAACAAAUCGUAUAAUGAACGAUAAUAUGUCGGCAUCAUCUUCAGGUGAACCAGAAGAACCAAUGGGUAGAUUUGGUUUUGGAUGGGAUGGUAUCAGAUCAGGUGGUGAUCUACUCGAAGGUGUAAAUUUGUUAUCACCUUCACCUCGUUCAUCGUCAUCUAAUCUAAACAAUUCAGGUGGUGGUGGAUAUACUAAUCAAGGACCAGAUGGACAUACCUCACCAUCAAUAAUGGAUUUAGCAGGCUCAAGUGUACCGCAUAUCAGAGAACCACCUACCGUACAAAGUGCUUUUACAAUCCAUAAUCCUUGGAAUGAGAAUACAGGAGGAAAUGGAAGUGGAAGUGGUAGCAACAGCGCAUUUAGUGGUGGUAAUAGUAGUAGUAACAGUAGUGGAUUAAGAACAUGGCAACCUGGACCUUCAUCUUCGUCUUUAUCACAAUCAUCACAAUUAUCACCAUCUCAACAGCAACAGCAACAGCAACAACAACAACACCAAGCAUCUCAUGUACAUCAUCAAUCAUCUGUUUCACCUUCAAUCAUUAAUAGACAAAUAUCAGCUUCACCACAUUUAUCACAUCUUGCACCAUCAAACCCGAAUCAAUCACCUUACUCAAAUUCAAAACAUUCCGCUUCUGCUUCUCCAGUAACUUCAGGUUCAAUGCUACCGCCUCCCAACCCAAAUUCAAAUCCAAUGUCAAUGGGAAGAUCUUGGUCAGAACCUACUAUACCUGAAAAUACACCUCAUAGCGCAGGAUAUCCAGGUAUAAUGUAUGGAAACGUGCCUUUACCUGAAGGAUAUUCUACUACUCCUCCUUUUGGUGGUAGAUCAAUUGAUCAUGUCAAGAUUGGUCCGGAUGAAUAUUCUCAAGCAAUCGAAAUGUAUAAUUAUCUCUUAUCAGCUAUACCACAUAUCAGUCCAUCAUCACAAUCUUCACCACCGGAUCAAUCCUCUUCAGCGAACAAACAGUCUUUCGAAUCAUUGAUAUCAUUGGCAUCAGAUAGUUAUCAUCUAUUGACAGGAUUGAGUCCACCUCCACUUCCAUCCUUGUCCAUCUCCGAACCUCCAACAUCUGCAUCGCUACAAAAGGGUAAAAGAAGGAAUUCCAAUUCUACUCCAAAGGGAACAAGUGGAAGUGCGCCUGAAGGAGGAUCAAAGAAAGUCACUACCAAGUGUUUGGGUUGCGGUGCUACUGAAACUCCAGAAUGGAGAAGAGGUCCCAUGGGUCCAAGAACUCUAUGUAAUGCUUGUGGUCUUGUGCAUAUGAAGCUACAACGAAAGAAGAAAAAAGCAGAAGAGAAAGCUAGGAUAGCGGCAGCUGCUGUUUCUGAACAGGUGGGGGUGCAGCAACUUAGAUCAUGA